AUGGCAAGUCUGGCGCUGGGCGUAGGGCAGACAGUCGAACUCAACGAUGGACGGCACGCGAUAGUACGCUUCUUUGGAGCGACGGGCUUCGCGCCAGGAGAAUGGGUCGGUGUCGAGCUGGACGAAGCGAGUGGAAAGAACGACGGCUCAGUCAAAGGCGAGCGCUACUUUGACUGCGAGGCCAACCAUGGCAUGUUCUUGCGCCUUCAAGGAGUCACUGCCACUGCCCUGCCUUCUCCAACGAAAUCGCCUACCAAGCUCACCCGCACUGCCACUCCGACUACUGCGCCGCCUGCUACCGCUGCAAGCACCGCAACUGCUGCACGCCGAGCUCUUUCUACCGCAACCACAAAACCGCGAACAGCUUCCAAUCUCAGCGGCCCCUCUUCCUCGUCCGCUGCUGCGAGACGUUCCUCAACAGUCCCCUCCACGAACCCUUCGAACACAGCCCAGACUCCUCGUACUUCUGGGACUACAGCUGCUCCGCCCUCGUCCCGAUUGACCACCCGCACCAUCUCCACCACAAGAGGUCUCACCCCUGCUGCUAGACAGCCUCCCAUAGCCUUACGGCAAACUCCUGCCACUCGUCGUGUAUCUUCUACUCCCAGGCAACCGCAACAAGACACCCCUUCGCCCAAGCCCUCGCCCUCUAUCGCUCCCACCGACGACUCCCAGCAUGCUCAGGAUACUGCCGACACCGAAGAUGCUCCUCAGUCAUUUGCUCCGUCUUCAAAGCCUGCGACUUCACCAGCCGCCUCACAUACCUCGCUACGUCCGUCUAAGCCCACAACACGCGAGGUCGAGGACUUGCAAACAAAGAUGAAGAUUCUGGAACGCAAGCGUCUGGAGGAUCGCGAUGCUCUGAAGAAGAUGCAGAAUGUCGAACAAGAGCGUGACAAAUACGCAAACAUCGUCCAGAAGAUGCAGUCCAAGAUGCAGGCUCAGUCGCAGGAACUGAACGAUCUGAGGGGUCAGCUCAAGGAUUCAGAGUCUCGUUUGAUCGAUAUUGAAGCCAUCCAAGCUGAGCAUGACGCUGUUGUUGAGAUGGCCACUCUUGAUCGCGAAAUGGCAGAGGAGACUGCCGAGUCCCUCAAGACCGAAGUCGAUGCCCUGAGAAGCAGCAACGAGGAAAUGCGCCUUGAGCUAGAUAUAUUGAAGGAAGAGAAUGACGAACUAGGUAGGGAUAUGAAUCCUGAUGAGCGCACCAGUCAAGGCUGGCUACAACUAGAACGCUCCAAUGAGCGACUCAGGGAAGCUCUAUUGAGGUUGCGUGACAUGACCCAAGAACAAGAGUCAGACCUCAAGGCCCAGAUUGCUAGUCUCGAGGACGAAGUAAAGGACUUUGGACCCUUGAAACACGACUACGAAGAAACCCGAGAGAAGCUACUUGCCACCGAGGCAGACCUGGACGACAUUCGACAGCAGCUCGACGCUGCUAUGGGUGCCGAGGACAUGAUCGAAGAAUUGACUGAUCGAAACAUGACAAUGCAGGAGAAGAUUGACCAUCUUGAAUUGGUUGUUGAGGAUCUUGAGAAUCUCAAGGAGCUCAACGACGAACUCGAGGUCAACCAUGUGGAAGCUGAAAAGCAGAUGCAGGAAGAGAUUGACUUCAAGGAUACCAUCAUCGGCGAACAAUCACGUCGUUCAGCACAGCAACAACAAGCAAUCGAAGACUGCGAGUACACCAUCUCCCGCUUCCGUGAGCUUGUCAUCAACCUGCAAGCUGAUCUGGAAGAUAUGCGCGCCUCGCGCCAGAUCACAGAGACUGAAGCGGAAGAGCUAUCAAGCAGAAGUCGUGCCAUGAUGGACCUCAACAUGAAGUUGCAAAUGUCUGCUGCCAAAACACAAAUCAAGACCAUCGACCUCGAGCUGAGACGUCUGGAAGCUGAGGAGGCAGCAGAACAUUUGGCUAUCGUACAGCUCUUCUUGCCUGAUGCAUUCAAUACAGACAGAGAUUCUGUCCUCGCAUUACUGCGCUUCAAGCGCGUAGGUUUCAAGUCGCGUCUGCUGAACAAUUUGGUCAAGGAACGUCUGAAUGGACAAGGUACCAAGAUUGCGGACGAUGACAUUUUCGCCGCCUACAGUGUACUUGAUCGACUCACAUGGAUCGCCGAAAUGAGCGACCGCUUCAUCAACGGCGUUCGCAGCUGCUCCGUGGAUGAGUUUGCUAGAUACGAGAGUGCGUUGUAUGAGCUUGAACCUGUGGAGAGAGCUCUAAACACAUACAUUGACUCAAUCAGACGCGACGAUAUGAAGGAAGGCAGAGUGGACGAGGAGUUGCAGAGAUCCAUGGCAGUCAUGUCCCACCUCGCCUCCCUGCACAUCAAGGAGUCGCUUGCCGCAUCCGCCAGUGAUAUGCUAAUGCAAGCAUCUCUGAUUCAGAGUCACUUGGACAGUACCUCGUCGGCACUCGGUCUCUGCAGAUCCAUGGUGCAAAGCCAUGUCCACGUCCCUCAGUCCGACAGCGAGUCUGAUGAGCCCAAUUUACUUUCGCAACUGGACGUCAUCAUCUCCAGUAUCCGAAGUGCCCGCGUGGUCGUAAACAAGACGCACCGCAACGUUACAGACUUGCAAUCACGCUCGCUCGCACUAGCUCCUUCACACCUAGACCUUCUCACAUCUGCAGAGAACCAGACAUCUAAGCUUGCUGUCUUCGGUCGCCGCGCCGGUGAGAAGAUCCAGAGUCUGUUCGGCGAAGAGGGUCGUGAAGAUUCCAUUACCCUCGGUGAAGCUGAGCUCCUUCUUGCCCGCCUAUCUGCAGGUAUCUUCGGCAGCGGCUCAGCAGAGACGACGCCGUUUGCUUCGCUAUCCACCUACCUUGCUGCGCUGAGUACGCAGCUUAAUGAAGUCAGCGACCUCUCCGCCAACCUCGAAAACACUCAAGAGUUUGAGCGUCCCACAGAGCCAUGGGUCACUCGUAGUGCCACUCUUCGUGCCACAAAACUCACGUCCGUCGAUACUGAAGCCGAAGUUGCCCGUCUCACCGAAGUUGUCCACGAGCGCUCUUUGCUCGUACGCUCCAAAGAGCAAGAGCUCGAGGAACAAAGCGUCCGUAUCGAGAUGCUCGAAGCCCGCAUGGCCGAUGCUACCAAACGCUCCUCUGCCCUCGCCGAGCUUGAGGCCUCAAUCAACGCCUUGCAAAGUGAGAAGAAGACACACCAAGCGGCAUUGUCUGAAGCAGAGCAGAGGGUCACAAGACUACGAAGAGAACGAGAUGAGUGGAGAAAGUCAGCAGAAGAGAACAAGCCUGACACCUCUGCCAACAACAACAUGGCUACCGAGAUGGGAGGAGCCAGUAAAAUGGAGCUUGAUAGAGCCAAGCUCCGCAUCACCAGCCUCGAGUCCGCCAUCCGCUACCUCCACCAGCAAUCUGUGCCAAAGUCUACCGCUAACAAGACCACUGAUCUCGACUGGUUGGACGUGCCAUUGAUCCCUGAGCCCUCGAGUCAAGUACAACGUGAGAAGACUCUGCAAGCAGAAGGCAAGACGGCAUUUAGUGAACUGCUCAAACUGGUCACUGAUGCCCAACCUGUGUCUCUGCGCGAGAUGCCAAAAAACAGAUUGGCAUGGCGACCUGCUACUCGAACUGCUAAGUGGCAUGCUCAGAAAAAGAAGGAAGAUUGGGUCACAUGGCAAGAUUGGGAGCGUGAUUUGCUUGAUCGCGUCGAGGGAAAGGCUAUCAGGAAUCUCAGGAAGCCUCUCGAGGGUAGACUUGUCAAUGGGACUGCGGACGCUGUGGUUGUUGUAGGAGAUGAAGAGAUGUAA